ACCAAAACAACUUUAAGAAAAAGAAGAGAAUCUAUAACUUGUCCUUGAUUAAGGAAAACAUGUGUGCAUUAGUCCCUCCAUUGUUCCCAAACUUCGGUUGGCCGUCGACGGGACAGUACGAAAGCUAUUACGGUGCCGGAGAUAACCUUAAUAAUGGCACAUUUCUUGAUUUUCCGGUACCACCGACUUAUGGAGUACUGACUCAUCAUCAGAACAGCUUGGAAGUAUCUGCUUCGUCAGAAGGAAAUGAGAUAGCCAACAAUCCGGUCGUAGCCAAGAAGCUUAAUCACAAUGCUAGUGAACGUGACCGUCGCAAGAAGAUCAACUCUUUGUUCUCAUCUCUCCGUUCAUGUCUUCCAGUUUCCGAUCAAUCGAAGAAGCUAAGUAUUCCUGAAACGGUUUCGAAGAGCUUAAAGUACAUACCAGAGCUGCAACAGAAAGUGAAGAAGCUAAUACAAAAGAAGGAAGAACUUUUGGUACGACUAUCGGGUCAAAGAGACUUUGAACUUUACGAUAAGCAGCAACCAAAGGCGGUCGCGAGUUAUCUCUCAACAGUUUCUGCCACUAGGCUUGGUGACAAUGAAGUGAUGGUUCAAAUCUCAUCGUCCAAGAUUCAUAACUUUUCGAUAUCAAAUGUGUUGGGUGGUAUAGAAGAAGAUGGGUUUGUUCUAGUGGAUGUUUCAUCUUCAAGAUCUCAAGGAGAGAGGCUCUUCUACACUUUGCAUCUUCAAGUAGAGAAUAUGGAUGAUUAUUACAAGAUUAAUUGUGAAGAAUUAAGUGAAAGGAUGUUGUACUUGUACGAGAAAUGUGAAAACUCGUUUAACUAGGUAAUUAAUUCAUAUGCUGUAUUUAUCCAUUUGAUCUUGUUUUUUUAGUUGUGUCCUUUUCUCAUAAAAAUCUAACACUGAUCUUAACCAAAUCAUUGAUGUACUGAGUUGUUUUGGUUUCUUGAUUGAAGUAAAUAUUUGUGAAAUAA